AAACCAUAUUUGGAUUUAAACAAUAUUUGAGACAUGAGUUUUUCAUUCCAACCCAAGUUCAUCCUUUCGAUCUCUUCCCUCUCCAUCGUGCUCCUUGCCUGCUCGGCCUUAGCUCAUCGCGAUUUUUCGAUCGUCGAUGUUUCCCCCGAGGACCUUACCUCCAUCGAUAGGCUCAUUGAACUCUUCGAGUCAUGGAUGGACAAACACGGGAAGAUUUACGAGAGCAUUGAGGAGAAGUUGAAUCGGUUCGAGCUCUUUAAAGAUAACUUGAAGCAUAUAGUAGAAAGGAACAAAGAAGUUACCAACUAUUGGCUUGGAUUAACCCCAUUCGCGGACUUAAGCCAUGACGAGUUCAAAAGAAACUACCUUGGCCUCAAACUAGACCUCACCAACCGAAGAAGUGUGUCUAGUCAUGAGCCGGCCGACUUCACUUAUGAGGAUGUCUUUGAUAUACCAAAGUCGGUAGAUUGGAGGAAGAAAGGUGCGGUUACUCCGGUCAAGAACCAAGGUUCAUGUGGGAGUUGUUGGGCAUUCUCCACGGUGGCUGCUGUCGAAGGAAUACACCAAAUCACGACAGGGAACUUGACAUCUCUAUCGGAGCAAGAACUGAUUGAUUGUGACACAUCCUUCGAUAACGGCUGCAAUGGAGGCCUAAUGGAUCACGCGUUUCAAUACAUUAUCGAUAAUGGGGGACUUCACAAGGAGGAAGAUUACCCCUACCUUAUGGAGGAAGGCACUUGUGAAGGCAAAAAGGAGGAGUUGGAGGUUGUUACUAUAACCGGAUACCAAGAUGUGCCACAUAACAACGAGUCGAGCCUCCUCAAGGCACUCGCUAACCAGCCUCUCAGCGUGGCUAUCGAGGCCUCGAGUAGGGAUUUUCAAUUCUAUAGUGGGGGAGUUUAUGAUGGGCAUUGUGGGACAGCGCUCGAUCAUGGGGUGACGGCAGUUGGAUAUGGGUCGAGCAAGGGGCUAGAUUACAUAACCGUGAAGAACUCGUGGGGAUCAAAGUGGGGCGAAAAAGGGUUCAUAAGGAUGAAGAGAAACACAGGCAAGCCUCAAGGAUUAUGUGGUAUCAACAAAAUGGCAUCUUAUCCAAUCAAGAAGAAUUGAUUAAUAACAUCUUUGUUACAAAUAACAUCUUUCAAUCUUGUUUUUGCUAUUUCUUUGUAACUUCUUGCUUAUAUUAAAAACGUUAAUAAAACUAUUGAUUAUAUUAA